AUGGAGGAGGAGGAGGAGGAUAAAAUAAUAAAAAAGAGCCUUUCCAACCCGCCUGGGAGACAGACGGAGCAGGAGAGCACUGCUUUGAGCCGUGACUUGCACUUGACUCCUUCUCCAUCGCUGUCAGCCCACUGCGCCCUGGCAGCAAUGUCAGCGCUGGACAGGACCCCCAGCUCAGGGAUACCCAAAUUUCACCUAAGGGUCAUCGCUGUGUUUACCCAGACCCAGAAGGCUCUACCUACUUUGGGAGACUGGUGCAAGGUGGUGUGGUGGCCAGGGAUGGCAGAGAUGGCUGGGGAACUACAGGUCCCAACAUGCAGGACGGUGUGGAGGUGGCAGCGGGGCCGGGGCAGCGGGGCUGGGGACAUGCUGGCCGUGCACGCCGGGCUCUACACAGGGCCAAAACAAAGACCUCUACACACCUGGAGGAAGAACAGUGUCCAAGCCCCUAGAACAGUUCCACGUAAGGAUACAGAUACCUGUCACCUGAGCCAGCAGCCUGGCAAUCACUGCUCGCACGGACACGGCCGGGGAGGAACGGAAGCAGUCCAGUGUGACUGGGCAGUCCUGCUAGCACUCUGUGAAAAUGCACACGCUAAUCUCCAGAGCUCUCAACUUCAUUAAGAUAAAAACAUCUCAACUGUCAUUUCUUUUUUUUUUUCCUCUUUUUUUUUUUUUAUUAUUUAAUGUAGAGGUUGGGUUUAGGGUGGUUUGUUUUUUUUUUUAAACAAAGUUUUAAAAAUGUGAAUAUGUGACAUGAUAGUCUAAAAAGUAUAUCUGUUUCCCUAGACUUUGCUUUCUACUUUAUGUACAGAUAAACAGGUUAAGAAAAAAAAGCACAUGUAGCUUAAACAUGUGUGACCAUUUAUGAGCAGUUCUGGGCUGGACAGCUCAGCACCCCAGAACUCCCACAAAUUGAUAGAAAUGUGUUAACACAAUAGAAGAAUAACGUAAAAAUGAUGAUGUUUGCAAAUAUUUACAAAGUUGAACAGAUUUGCACAACACUUGAUUAAGAAAUAGGGGAGAAAUUAAAAGACACUCUCUGCUUGUCCUGGAGGGGCAUCCUACCUAGUUAGUGGUUAGAAUAAAAACUGUAUACAAUUUAAUAUAAGACAAAACUUCUAGUGAACAACUAACACGUCUGUCCCCUGCUGAAACAUCAGCAGGCUCUGACUGGGAGGCAGAGGGCAUAAAAAUCACACCCAGGGCCUCCAGAAUCUUCCAGCUUAAAGCAAUUUUCCUUAAGUUUCCAAGCACUCCUUUUGCUCCUAGAUAAGAGUCCCAUGUGGGUCUGACUGUUCAGAGACCAUGUUUACAUUUCGACUCCUCUUCUGUCAGCCAUGGCUGUUUCUCACCAAACAAUAACAGGUUUUUUUUAAAAAAAUGUUGACUACAAUGCUCUAUUCCCUUAGGGUAAUAUGUUGGGUAAUAUUUACAUCUCCAAAUAUCAGGUCACAAUCCCUAUUAUAUGUUGAAGUUAGAAUGAUAAGUUAUCAUAUGCUUUGCAUAUCAGAGCUGGUAUCACCUUUCCCAUAGGGAAUGCUGCCUGAAAUUACCAUAUUCCCAAAGGUAAAAUGCAUAUUUUCUCCAAAAAUGCAUUUUUUUUUUAAAUGACAACAUUGUAAUGCAUUUACUCAUUAAAAAAAAAAAAAAACAAAAAAA